AUGUAUAAGUCUUGCGUUACUGCUGCAAUGAAUUAUUGUUUGGCAUUCAAAUUAACUUGGAUACUAUUCUAUCAUGUAUAUGCUCUGAAAGAUGAAUCCAACAAUCUACUCAACGGUUCUUCAGUUAGUAUCGCGAGAACUACUAACAGCCAUGUCAAUUUGUCACUCCUUAAAUCCAAUUUUUCUACAUUGGAUUAUGUUUUCACAUCUGUUAAUGUUACACCGAAAUUAAAGCUUACAACAUCAAACGUUACCGUUAUUUCCGAAGAUAUGCCGACUAUCAAACUUUCGAAUUCUACUAAGCAGUUGGAUAAAUUUUUAUCAGAGAAAACUACAGAGGUUAGACGUAUAACAACUGGAACGCAUACUAUCCAAGAGGAAGAAGUUGCUGAAAUCGAUGAGUUUGAAAAAAACAAAUUAGGCGAAAGCUCUAUCCAUUCAGGCGAUUCACAUGCUGAUCUAAUACAAGAGCCACGAAGAAAAGAUUCCGAGGAUAGUGGGCCACAGAUAGAUCCCGGACAGUCUAUAUUUGACAAAAAGCAUUCUACCGAAUCUGAGUCUAAGAAAUCCAAUGGGUUCAUAUAUCAAGGCGAAUCUGGUACUAUAGUUCACGAUAAAUUAUAUACUCCCGAUAUAUCCGUGAGUUACGUCCUCGUACUAUGCUGCAUUCUAGUUGUGCUUAUUCUGUGCAUUUGGAAACCUCUUUGUCAUAUAUUGUACAAUAUAUACGGCGGGUAUUGUUCACGUUCUCGUGUUAGUAGAAUUGAUCUGAAUAGCAAAGUGGCAUAUCGUCAUUUAAAUACAGAGGAGCUUUAA